AGGCUGCCAGAUUGCUGGGUCGCGGCGGCGCCCCGCGCACUGCGCGCGGGCGCGCCGUGGCGACGGCGGCGCGAGGCCGCGGGCACCGCCCUCUCCGCCGCGGCAGCGCCCUUCGACCCGCUCGGGCUGGGCGGUGCGCCCGCCGCGGACGCUGGCGGCACGGGGCGAGCCGCUCCGGAGCCAGGCCGAGAACGACCGCAUCGCGAUGAUUCCCGCCAUGGGGCAGGCUGAGGAGAAGCAGCGAGCUGUCGCCUCGGAGCAGGUGGUGCGAGCGUCAGCGGAGCUCCGUGAUCUGGCCUUGAGUGUGUGUUUUGGAUGCAAGCUAUCCUCAUCAGC